CCAUGAUAUCAUAGAAGAAGAACCAUUUAGCCUGGGAAGCAACCAGUUUACGCCAUUACAAACACUUAAUUCCGGUGUUCUGUCGAAACGGCCCCUCCUAGGAAAUGCGUUUGAGAACUUGAUAUAGCUAGCUGAAGUGGAAUAGAAAGAAUCGCAAGAAGCGAGAUCAGCGUGUUUUGAGAGAAAAAGAUGGCGGAAGCAGAUGAUGAAGUGGAUUCUGAAUCUAAUGGCGGUAGAAUCAAGGAGAAUUGGAAUAUUGUCCAAAAUAAUGGAAAACGGAGAAAAGUAGUAUACAAUGAUGAUAAUUUCACUUUGUAUCUUGUAGGACUACGGAUUAUUAAUGAGGAGCAACUGAUCGAAUGACCAAUCUUGAGGAAUCCAUUGGAGAUAUCCAAACUGGUGGAGAGAGUGCAGGGUAGAGUGAAGGCUGUGGGGAUCAGGAAAGGCGGGCUUGUUUAGAUUGUAUGUGCUUCAGCGGAUCAGAAGAACGUGUGUUGCGUCUCACCCGAUUUGAUACGUUUGAAGUGUCGUGUGUGUGUCUCUUAGGAACAGGGCACCCCUCAAGGGGGUUAUUGCUGGUGUCUCGUGGGAAGUGGAUGUUGAAGAGAUUAAAAAUAUUCCUGGAGUGAUUGAUGCACGUCGGCUGAAUCAUGUGGGGAAUUAAGAAAAAGAGAAGAGUCUAUCUGUUCUUUUGUUUUUUGAUAUGGAGUCUCUCCCUAUUCAAGUGCUGUUAGGGUAUAUUAACUACAGAGUCAGGUUAUUUAUCCAAAGACCAAUGCAGUGUGAUCAUUCUAAAGCUUUUGGUCAUGUAUCAAGUAUUUGCAUACGGGAGAACCCUAGAUGUCCAAGUUGUGGAAAAUAUCAUAUCGUGUUAUAAAAGUGAUGAAAAUGUGACAUGUUGCAAUUGUGGUGGGAACCAUGAAGCCACGUCUUUCGAAUGCCCCACAAGGGUGAAAGAGAAUGAGGUGGCCAAAGUUAGGGCUGUCCAGAGCAUUUCAUAUGCAGCAGCUGUUAAAGUUAAGGGUUUGAAUGGUUCACCUGAAGAGUCCAUGGUGGUGGAUAGUCUUUCACUGCAGGGGUUACAUUUCACGAGCAGGAUCCUGACAUUGUAAAGGUUAAGAAGGUGGCCUUUAUAGCUAUGGUGAUUAAUUGCCCUGCCAAGGUGGAGAGAAGGUCCAGGAAGAUAUAAAUCAUUGUGGAUGCGGCAGUGGUUCCUUGGGCUGAAAGAUUUCUCGGUGAAGGAGUUAUAUGCAAUAUUGUCACAAGCCGUAGGGAGAUUUGUUUUGUCAAUGUACUUUUUUCUAUUUGGGUGGAUUAAGUUAGUUAUGCAUUUUAUUUUUUACCUUGUUUUGGUUUCAACCCGUCCAGUUGGUGGCGGCAAAACACAUGUUUUGGUUGUAGUCUGUCAUAAAACCCACAGAAGAAGAAGACGAAGAAGAAGUAUACGCCAUUACGUGAGAAAUGAAUUAAGCGUCAUCCUUUCGGGUGCAACUUCGAUCUUAGUGGCGCGCGGCAUUUUUGUUUUUUCCCCCCUCUCUCUAGCUUCAACUAUACAUACUGUUUAAUUAUAUAACAAUGGCGCGAAGCAUACCCUUCUGCACAGUUCCGACUUGUCUGCUCCUUAUCACCGGACUGUGUUAUCGAGUAGCUGCCGACGGGCUGGUGAACGAGGAGGUGAAACGAACAGUGGACCUGAGCACGCACCUCGCUAAGAUAACAGCAGAGAUUCUUCUGUCAAACCAGGGAGACUCGGUGGUACAUAGCUUUAUCUUGGCAGUAGAGCCCGACUUGGCCCCCAACCUUGCGUACGUCGGAGCAUCGGUGAAGAGUGAUGAAGAGGAGGAUGGCAUACUUGAGCUCAAACAGACAAUGAUCCAAGGCCAAAGUGGGGAGUUCUACAAGGUGCAGUUACCCUCCAGUCUGGGUGUUGGCGCUAAGCUGCGAGUGAAGGUGGAGACAGUCCUGAGCCACAUUCUGAGGCCCUUUCCCACCCACAUCACCCAGGCUGAGCGUCAGCUGGUGAUGUUCCAGGGCAACCACUACCUGUACUCUCCAUACCCCACCCGCAGCCAGACCACCCGUGUCCGCCUUGCCUCUAAGACUGUGGAGAGCUACACCAAGCUGGGCAACCCCAGCAAGAGUGAUGAGGCCAUUGAGUACGGCCCCUUCCGUGAUGUCGCCCCAUUUAGUGAGGAUGCCCUGAAGGUCCAUUAUGAGAACAACACCCCCUUCCUCACCAUUAGCAGCAUCACCCGCAUCAUUGAAGUCUCUCAUUGGGGAAACGUUGCUGUGGAAGAGACCAUUGACAUGAGGCACACAGGGGCAUUCCUGAAAGGGCCUUUCUCCCGUUAUGACUACCAGCGCCAGUCUGACAGUGGCAUCUCAUCAGUCAAAUCCUUUAAGACCAUCCUUCCUGCCUCAGCCCAGGAUGUGUACUACCGGGAUGAGAUCGGCAACAUCUCCACCUCCCAUCUCCAGAUUCUGGAAGACUCUGUGGAGGUGGAGGUUAGGCCCCGCUUCCCCCUGUUUGGUGGCUGGAAAACCCACUACAUUAUCGGCUACAAUCUGCCCAGCUACGAGUACCUCUACACCCUGGGGGAUCAGUACGCUCUGAAGAUGAGGCUGGUUGACCAUGUAUAUGAUGACCAGGUGAUCGACUCCCUCACUGUUAAACUCAUACUGCCAGAAGGCGCCAGGAACAUCCAUGUGGAAACCCCCUACCCCAUUGACCGUAUUCCAGACCAGCUGCACUACACUUACCUAGACACCUUUGGCCGUCCCGUGCUGGUGGCGUCUAAAAGCAACCUGGUGGAGCAGCACAUCCAGGACGUAGUGGUGCAUUAUACCUUCAAUAAGGUCCUGAUGCUGCAGGAGCCCCUGUUGGUGGUGGGGGCAUUCUACAUCCUCUUCUUCACUGUCAUCAUCUAUGUGCGCCUAGACUUCUCCAUCACUAAGGACCCUGCUGCAGAGGUUCGUAUGAAGGUGUCCUCCAUCACAGAGCAGGUCCUGACCCUGGUCAACAAGCGUUUAGGGCUGUACCGCCACAUGGACGAGGUGGUGAAUCGCUAUAAGCAAUCUCGAGACACAGGGGCCCUGAACAGUGGCCGCAAGAUCCUGGAGGCCGAACACCGCACCCUCACCAACGACAUCAGCUCCCUGCAGGCCCGCCUCAAAGCAGAGGGCUCCGACCUCGCAGAUAAGGUGGGUGAGGUGCAGAAGCUGGAUGGCCAGGUGAAGGAGCUGGUGUGUCGCUCCUGGCAGGAGGCUGAGCGCCUGGUGGCAGGCAAGGUUAAGAAGGAGGCCUACAUCGACAACGAGAAGACCCUCUCUAGCAAGAGACUGGAGCUGGUGACCCGCAUCGACAGUCUGCUGGACACCCUGUAAACACCACUAUACACGUGUCAGUGUACAAAAAACACACAUGUGCUGCCCCAACUACACAUCUGUUGAUCCGGCACCGCAGUUAUUAUAAAAUAAGAAAUAUUUACCUUUGCACACAUUCACCCGCAAGCUCAUUGUCCAUCCCAGUCACAAAGUACACACACUAAAGGAACCUGUAGGUGCAUGCAAACACUUGUGCCUUUGUGCCUCGCUAGAAACACAACAGCGUUAUGCUUCACACCACAGGAAAUGCUUGCGUCACACCUUACAUGGCAGUCUAAGUUAAAUUGCGAGGAAGAGCUCUGUUGUUCGUCAGAGUAAAUGCAGAAUUUUCAUGUUUAAAUUUGGUAUCUUAGGCCUCCCGGGUGGCGCAGUGGUCUAAGCACUGCAUCACAGUGCUAGCUGUGCCACCAGCCGGCUGCGACCGGGAGGUCCAUGGGGCGACGCACAAUUAGCCUAGCGUUGCCCGGGUUAAGGAGGGUUUGGCCGGUAGGGAUAUCCUUGUCUCAUCGCGUACUAGCGACUUCUGUGUCGGGCCGGGCGCAGUGCGCGCUGACCCCAUCGCCAGCUGUACGGUGUUUCCUCCGACACAUUGGUGCGGCUGGCUUCCGGGUUGGAUGCGCGCUGUUAAGAAGCAGUGCGGUUGGGUUGUUUCGGAGGACGCAUGGCUCUCGACCUCCGUCUCUUCUGACCCCGUACGGCUGUACAGGAGUUGUAGCGAUGAGACAAGACAGUAACUACUAACAAUUGGAUACUAGAAAAGGGGGGUGAAAAAAAUAAACAUUUUGAAUCUUUUAUGUAUAUAAUAUUUUUUUUUUAACCUUUUUUGAAUGGUUGUCGGUGGUGAUAAGGGUGGAGUAGUCAUCAGUGCCCCUGAAAUAAGGGAUCCCUUGUGAGUCAAACAGUCUCUAAAUGUCUUCGUCAUAUUCUUUGCACUUACGAACUAUUGUUACUUCCCCCUGGCUGUUAUAUUUGAACAAAGUUGCAGCUCUGAAACGGUGUGGACCACAAUCCAAAGGGUUACCAUCAUGUUAAGUUUCUCAUUGUCCCUCUGUAAUAUUUUCUAACAUUUUGUAUAAUUUCUUUUUGUAAAUGGUAUAUUUUCUUUGAUAGGAGAUUAGGCCAUGUGUGUGGGAAAUAGUAUGGGGCAGUCGAAGACGUUGAGUGAUAAUGUAUGUGAACCUGUAUCGUUAGUAAAUGAAAUGGGGGAAAAUGAACCAAGUUUGAAACAUUGUCUGACAACUGUUUUAAAAUACAAAUGAUUCCUCCACUUUUAAAACUCUUGAGUGAAGUAACCUAGUUCCACCAACUGAGGGCACUCUUGCUCAAUAUAUUUUCCCCAUCUGUGGUGGGAAAGUGAGGCUUUUGUCUUGAGAAAGGGAUAGUGCCUACAAAGUUUGCACUAUUUUAAUAUGGAAGCAACCCCAAAUAAAACCACUGGUGCUCAAUUCAUAUGUGAUCCAUGUAAAUGUGGCUUGCUGAUUCUCUCUUAAUCAUGGGGAAAAAUUGGCUUGUUCUUUAAUUUUGCUGAUCACAUCAAAUAAUUAUAUUAUUGAAGACACUAAAUCGUGGCUCACCUGUCAAUUAAUAAACGAGAGGGAAAUGGUGUGUUGAAUUCUCCAUUACAUUCAAAGAUGUCACAUACUGUAUAUGACAUGUACACUGCUCAAAAAAAUAAAGGGAACACUUAAACAACACAAUGUAA